AUGAAAGAUACCUUUAGGCGGCUCAGGGUUCGUGCUCGUGAGCGCCUCGAGAGUCUCCGGCCCAGCUCUGAUGAAGUCGAGUCACCAGUAAUCGAAGGACAAGUAGCCUCUGAUCGAAUCUCGACCGACUUCCGACAACAGCAUUCUGAAAUCACCCGACAGGAAGAUCGAGUCGACGUUGCAGCAGAACCAGGAGAUAACUUUCAAUCUGCCUCUCAGUUCGGAACGAACCCUUCACCAAUCGAGAACAUAGAUGGGCCUAGUUGGGCCAAUGUCUGGCCGGAGGCAUACCAAAACGUCAAGACCGACCCAGAGCAUUCAGAGCUUCUGCAAAAGUUGCAGAGAUUUCUGGAGAGCGAAGGCGGACGUUUGAAGGCUGCAGAUGAUGUCAAACUAUGUGAUGAUCCAUCCGGGGCGACUGAUGCCAGUAGUCGGCUCAAGACUAUUCAAAAGAAUGCAGAAGAGAGGCUCGGAAAUUUCUCAGAUGCCCAUCUUUCCUUCAAAAUCCGAGAUAAACCUAUUGUGGUUCGGGAAAGUAUUUUCAAGGUUGUUCAAGUUAUCAACACGUUGAAGCCCGUCAUUGGUGGGGCUGUUGCAACCGAGCCUUCUGCAGCUUUGGCUUGGGCUGGCAUAACAACUAUUUUGCCGAUGUUGGAAAAUAUCUUUCAGCAAGACGAGGAUGCGGCGACUGGUCUUACCAACAUCAUUUUCCUUAUGGCCCGAUAUCAAGGGUUUCAUGAACGGGACUUUGCAUCCCGACUAGCAUCGCCCAGUGAAUCUGGCGUCUCGGGUGAGCUACUUUCUCGUAUCAGAGACGAGCUUGUUACCGUGUAUAGCAAAAUAUACGUCUACGAAGCUCGGUUUGUUCUCCAGUACGGCAAACGAAACAAAGCACAUCGUGCUCUCAGAAAUGCCCUGAAUGCCGACGACUGGAAGAAGUCUUGGUCCGACAUUGAGUCGAUUAGCAAUCGUAUCGAUAAGGGUGUAACUUCUCAAGUCAAUGCCGCGGCGUUAGAAACCUGGAAGGCAGUCAAACAUGUCCAGGAACAUGUCGCGAUAUAUGAGGCUAUGCAGCAUGAAACGUUACAGGUGGUGCAGGGCUUCGACCGACGACAGCUUUUGCAAUCGUUGCAGAUUACUGGAAACGCUGUUUUUGACUCACAUCGAACUUCAAGAGCGGAUGCCUUUUGCAUGCCAGGCACUCAGCGUCAUAUACUGCAAACAAUCCAGUCCUGGACCGACGACCCCAACGGAAAACUGAUAUUCUUGCUGCAAGGGAUGGCUGGAACUGGAAAAACGAGUAUUGCAUUAACAGUUGCCCGUAGUUUGGAGGCAAAGGAGCCCCUUACCGACCCACUCAAACAACCAAGUAAAGCAUUUCUUGGCGCGAGCUUUUUCUUUGCUCAAGGCGAUGCCACCAGGAACAACAUAGCAGAGUUCUUCCGUACAAUUGCAUGGUGCUUGGCAGAUGUCCUCCCAGACGUAGGAACACUCAUUGCAAAAGCUAUCAAAGACAAUCCAGGAAUCCAUACAAAAGCCUCACAACAGCAGUUACGGAAGCUCAUUAUAGACCCCCUCGAGUUGCUGGAUCGCAAGACCUUCGUCCCACUCCAGCUCGUUAUUGUGAUAGAUGCUCUGGAUGAGUGCAUAGACGAAGAUGCAGAAGAUCUGUUAGGUAUGCUGGCAAGUCUGGAAAGUCUUCACCAAAUCCAACUUCGCCUAUUCAUUACUAGUAGGCGAGAAGGGCAUAUUUCCACGGCCAUGAAGAACUUGCCUAGCAGGCUGUAUCAAAUAACCAGACUGAACAAGAUCGAAUCGUCCCCGGACAACAACGACGAUAUUGUAUUCUACCUCUCCAAGUCUUUGGGUAGUAUCGCUACGAGAUGGCGCGUCACAGAUGGCGGAGUAACUGACGACGAUAUAAACAGACUGGCUGAGAACGCGGAUGGUCUUUUUAUCUAUGCUGCAACUGCUUGCCGAUUUCUGGAUUCUCGUCACUUUGUUAACAAGGGGUUUAGAGAGAGACGCUUAAACCUCUUUUUUAAAGAUCAAUGGGAGACAGAAGGUCCCCAGCACACGAUUGAUGACAUAUAUCACAAAGUCUUGACCUUUCCAGAAACAGAAGAUUGGUCCCAAGAGGAACAGCGACCAUUCUACAGUGAAAUCAGUCAACUGAUCGGCUUCAUCGUUGUCCUUUUUCGACCUGCUUCGGUGGAAACACUUUCCCACUUACUCCCAACGGUCGCAACAGAAAAUACAACGAGGGACAAUCUCGAUUACUACCUUGGCCAGCUCCAUUCUAUUAUCGACGUCCCUGAGGAUCCUGGAUUUCCUAUCUCUCUGGUACAUCUGUCAUUCCGCGAGUUCAUUCUCAACGAGAAACGAUCGGAAAGACUUCCCUUCUCCGUCAAUGAGAUUGAAAUGCACCGCAAGGUCUUGCAUCAAUGUUUUGAGCUUAUGAACUCAGAGCUUCGGGAAAAUAUCUGCUGUUUGAGCCUCCCUGGAUCAAUCGUCUCCGAUGUUGAACCUAGUCACAUCUCAUGCCACAUUCCUCAGUACCUGCAGUAUGCGUGUCGCUACUGGGUCGAUCAUCUGCUCAAAUCAGAUCGUAAGUUGCUCGCCCAUACUAUAUCAGAGGAUGCCGAGGACCAUUCACCAGCUGGUCUAGUCUACGGGUUUCUGAAAGAAAAGCUUCUAUACUGGCUAGAGGUCAUGGCAUUCAUUGGAGAAGCAGCAUCAAUAAUCACAAUGUUUAGCCUGUUGGAAACAUCUAUCGAACUGUCCACAAACCCUGACCUAUCAUCCUUGUUGCACGAUGCGAAGCGCUUUGUGCUAAACAACCGAUGGAGUAUUGAACAUACACCUCUUCAAAUGUACUGCUCUGCUCUUCUUUUUUGCCCUAAAGAGAGUCUAGUGCGCUCUUACUACCAAGAUAUGAUCCCAGUCUGGAUCACGAAGAAACCCCAAACUCAGCAAACCUGGCCUAUAGCUAUGUCUACGCUCGAAGGCCACACAGAUGACAUUUUCGGUACAGCAUUCUCUCCCACGGAAAGUUUACUAGCGUCUGUCUCAAAAGAUAAAACAACUAGAGUUUGGGACUACAUUACUGGCUCAGAGAAGUACAGAUUUGAAGAUCCGGGUGGACCUUGGAAAGUUUGUUUCUCAGCCGAUGGGUCUAAGCUGGCUUCAGGGUGCUGGGAUGGAACUGUACGCGUCAGGGAUAUCAGGAAAGGAACACAAGUCAGUUUCCAUACUCCAUCUAUUGUGAAGGGAAUAUUAUUUUCACCAACCAGUUGCAACAUCCUGGCAUCAGUAUUUGACGACAACAUGCUCUAUGUAUGGAAUAUUGAGGACAAAAGACCGGGAACCGCUUUAAAACUUCCACAUCGAGGCAGCCAUGAACACAUAGCUUUCUCACCAGAUGGAAAGCUCGUAGCAGUUUGUUGUGGUUUCGUUGUUGCCCUAUGUAACGUGGAACUGGGGCAAUUAACUCAUGAAUUCCUGUCGAAAAAGAGAUUGAUGGGCUUCGAUCCGAAGGAGGCUGUUCGCGGACUGUCAAUUUCUACUGACCACAGAAUCGUCGCAGUCAGGUUUCACAAGAGUAUCGAUUUCUGGGAAAUGACUCCAGUAAGCCCGAAGCUGGUUAGAUCCUAUGAAGCGACGUGGAGCGACAAUUCUUUAUUUUUGUUCACAUCUCCGGAUGAGAAGAUCAAAAUCUAUCAGAAUCAUACCCAAAUGGUCGAUGUUUUAGACCUGACUACUGGAGAGUCAAUCGGGACAUUUUUGAAGAGUUUUGUCAAGCAAGACUCGCAUGACGAGCCUUUGUAUGCAGAUUCACCGAGAUGGCCCCCUUUGAUAAGAAUUCUCAGCGGUCCAUACACUUCGAUAUCCAGUGAUGGAGAGGAUAGCCCCCCAAAUAACGUUAUGUUGUUGGAAGGCAACAAUAUGGCGCUGAGCUAUUUUUCCGGCAAGGAAACAAGACAAUGGAACGCUACUGACGGGUCUAUGGAGGCAUUCGGGGACCAUGUUCGAGCGGCAAAAUGCUCACCAGACCGACAAUUUGUUCUUUUGCAGCUGAAUGGCGGUGAUGAAUUCCAAGUUUGGAAUAGUACACUAACACAAAAGAUUGCUGCCUAUGAGCAACUGGCCUACAUGGACUUUUUACCCCAAACCAGCCAUCUGGUUUCCUUGUCUCUCCUGGGUAGUCUACAGAUACUCUAUCAUGAUCCCAAAAGUCUUACGUUUGAAACGGUCAACAGUAUCAGUCUUCCUGAUGCGCACUCCGAGAACAUGCUGCGGGGAACAGGACAACUUUACGUGUCACCAAGCGGCGAAGUGAUUGCCGUAAUCCUUGCCUGCGAUGACGGCUACCAUGAGCACGGCAACGAGCUACUGCAAGUAUGGAACAUCCCUAGGAAGGAGAAGAUUAAGGAGAUCCAUUGUUCUCGUAUUCGCAAAAUCGUCUUUUCACCUGACAGUACAUACGUUGGUGUUGAAUAUGGGCCAUACCCCCGAAGUACUCUGCUCCUCCGCUUAUCGAACGGAACAGAAGUUGUAGGUUGCGAUUCCUAUGACGGCGGAUUCUUAACAUUUCACCCCUCUGGACGGAUGUUUGGUAUUCUGUCAAAAGACAGCACCAUUUCACUAUGGAAAGGCACGCCGUGGGUGAAACAUUUCGUGUUCCAAGUGCCCGGAAGGUUUGGGGUGGAAAAUCUCGCUCUCUCUACAACAAACAAACUUGUGGUCUUCUCAAUAUCAUAUGAAGGACGCUCUAUCAUUGAAAUAUGGGACACUGAAACAAGGCAAAAAGUUGGUUCACAGGACCUGAUGUUCGCUGGGUGGGCACUUGACUUUUGUUUCUCCAAGAAUGAGAAUUUCAUAGAGUCAAAUUGGGGACGCAUACCACUUCCUACACAAGAUAUCGCAGAUAUAGGGCCAGAUGGUCCCGGGGAUGGUUUACGUAACUGUCUGUACGUUUCGGAUGACUGGGUAUGCCAAGGGCGUGAGCGACUCAUCUGGCUGCCGCCAUCAUAUCGGCCGCUGCUCGAUUGGACAAGGAUUAUUGAUGUACAAGGUGAUACGAUUGCAAUCGCCCAUCAAGGAAAUUGUGUUAAAUUCAUUGGGAUUUCUCUUGAGGAGACACCUGUCGUGAAGCAUUAUCUGGAUAUUGGAAGCAGGUAG